GAAGUGGGCGGAAAGGGCGGGGCUUCUGGGGGAGGCGGCGGGUUUAAAUUGUGACAACGGUCGGCGCUGAUCGUGUCCGGCUUUGCCUGUGGCUGCUUGGAGGUCUCGGCGUCGCCUGGAGCCGCCGGCGCGGGCGACAAGCUGGAGACUCCCAAGAUGGAAACUCUGUCUUUCCCCAGAUAUAAUGUUGCUGAGAUUGUGACUCAUAUUCGAAACAAAAUCUUAACAGGGGCCGAUGGUAAAAACCUCUCCAAGAAUGACCUUUAUCCUAAUCCAAAGCCUGAAGUCCUGCAUGUGAUCUACUUGAGGACCUUGCAGAUGGUGUACGGGACCCGCCUGGAGCAUUUCUACAUGAUGCCAGUGAACUCAGACGUCAUGUAUCCACAUUUAAUGGAAGGCUUCUUACCAGUCAGCAAUUUGUUUAUCCAUCUGAACUCGUUCCUUCCCAUCUGCCGGGUGAACGACUUUGAGACUGCUGAUAUUCUGUACCCAAAAGCCAAACGGACCAGUCGGUUUUUGAGUGGAAUCAUCAACUUCAUCCACUUCAGGGAAGCGUGCCGUGAGACAUACAUGGAGUUUGUGUGGCAAUAUAAAUCUUCUAUGGACAAAAUGCAGCAGUUAAAUGCCGCACACCAGGAGGCACUGAUGAAACUGGAGAGACUCGAUUCUGUUCCAGUGGAAGAGCAGGCGGAGUUCAAGCAGCUUUCAGACGAAAUCCAGGAGCUGCAGCAACUGCUGAAUCAAGACUUUCGCCAAAAAACGGUAUUGCUGCAAGACAAAAAUGCCCAGAAGAAAUCUGAUAUUUUAGAGAAAACCAAGCAUUUGAAUGAAAUAAAAUUGUCAGUGGUUUUUCUGAAAGAAUCACAGGAGAGUUUGAAAACGAAAAUUGUGGAUUCUCCAGAGAAGCUAAAGAAUUACAAAGAAAAAAUGAAAGAUACAGUCCAGAAGCUUAAGAAUUCCAGGCAAGAAGUGAUGGAAAAGUAUGAACUCUACCGAGACUCGCUGGACGGCCUGCCUUCCUGUCAGCUGGAAGUGCAGUUGUAUCAGAAGAAAAUACAGGACCUCGCAGACAACAGGGAUAAACUGGCCAGCAUCUUAAAGGAGAGCCUGACCUUGGAGGACCAGAUUGAGAGCGGCGAGUCAGAGCUGAAGAAGCUGAAGGCUGAAGAACAUUCCCUGCGGAGACUGACGAGUGUGAAGAAGGACAGACUUGCCACCACACAGUUCAGAAUGAACAAGAAGCAUGAGGACGCGGAGCAGUACAAGCGCACCAUGCUUGAAGAUUGCAAUAAAGUUCAAGAAAAAAGAGGUGCUGUCUAUGAACGUAUAACCACAAUUAAUCAAGAAAUCCAGAAAGUUAAAUUUGCAAUUCAACAACUAAAAGACACCACUGAGAGGGAGAAGCUGAAGUCCCAGGAAAUAUUUCUGAACUUGAAAGGUGCUUUGGAGAAAUACCACGAAGGCAUUGAAAAGGCGACUGAGGAGGGCAGUGCUGAGCUGGAAGGGAAGAUGGGGGAGUUGAAGAAGAGGAUGCUCAGAUUGCCGACCUGAGUAGCACGAGGACGUGUCUGUGUAAAUAGCUCUUCCAUGUGUUACUUUUGUUGGAAGUUAGUGGAAACAAAGUGAAGUUAGUGGAAGCAUCAGCAGUACUGCAUAAUGUAAGCCUGACCACUUUUCUAUACUCAUAAUUGUGAUUCUGUAAGGUAGCACAUUUCCUGUAGAGCUUUACUAACUGAUAAAGGUGUGUGGCUGUUCCUGACUGACCCGCCCCUUUUUGUAUGUAGUGGCACAAAGAUCUAUUGUUUCUAUGUACCAAUAACGAGCAGAAGGCGAAAUUAAGAAAAUCCCAUUUACAAUUGCAUCAAAACAUCAAAUACCUAGGAAUAAAUUUAACCAAGGAGGUAAAAGACCUGUACUCUGAAAACUAAGACCGUGAAGGAACUGAAGAAGACACAGAUGAAUGGAAGGAUGUACCUUGCUCGUGGAUAGGAAAGAUGAAUAUCAUUAAACUGCCCUUACUGCCGAACAUAAUAUACAGAUUCAGUGCAAUCCCUUUUCAAAUACCAAUUCUUUUCAAAUACUAACUCUUUUCAGAAUUAGAACGAAUCCUAACAUUUAUACAGAACCACAAAAGACCCCAAAUAGCUAAAGAAAGUUUAAGAACAAAGUAUCACAUUCCCUAAUUAACAAAGCUAUAAUAAUCAAAAUAUGGUACUGGCAUAAAAACACAAACAGAUCAAUGGAACAAAAUAGCCCAGAAAUAAAUCCUCACUUAACAUGGUCAGUUGAUCUGUGGCGAAGGAGACAAAAAGAUACACUGUGGAGUAAAGACAGCCUUUUCGAUAAGUGGUGCUGGGAAAACUGGACCCCGUUCUUACUCCACACACAAGAAUAAACCCAAAGUGGAUUAAAGACAUACAUGUUAGAUCUGAAACCAUAACACUCCUAGAAGACAACAGAGGCAGUGAACUCGGGCAACACUCUUAGCGCUCUCUUUUUGGCUAGGUCUCGGGCAAGGGCCACAAAAAGGGGACCACAUCAAACUAAAACGUUCCUGCACAGUACAGGAAACCAUCAAAAGGAAAAACAGCCUAGUGAAUGGGACAAUACUUGCCAAUGAUACAUCCCAUAAGGGGUUAAUAUCUAAAGUAUAUAAGGAACUCAGAGAAGUCAACACCAAAAACAAUCCAAUUAAAAAAUGUGCAGCAGACCUGAAUAGACAUUUCUCCAAAGAGGACACAGAUGGGGCAACACACAUGAAAAGAUGCUCAACAUCACUAAUCAGGGAAAUGCGUCCAAAAACCACAAUGUGGUAUCACCUCCUCUGUCGGAAUGGCAUCACCAAUAAAUCAACAAACGUGGCGAGGAUGUGGAGAAAGGGAACCUUGGUGCUCUGUUGGUGGGGUUGAAAAUUGGUGCAGCCACU